AUGGAGAUAAAAUCCCUGGAAAAGGACGAAAAUGGCCAGGCUCGUUUCUCUGGUUGUUCGAACAUUCGUGAUUAUGAAUUUCUCGACAAGCUUGGCGAAGGAACAUUCGGCGAGGUUUACAAAGCAAGGUCUAAGAAGGACACGAAGAUUGUGGCCUUAAAAAAGAUCCUAAUGCACCACGAGAAGGAAGGCUUUCCCAUUACCGCCAUCCGAGAGAUCAAAUUGAUGAAGGCGCUUUCACACCCAAACAUCUUGCGGCUCAAGGAAAUGUCAAUUGAGCGAGGCAAAGGCGAGGGACGUAAAAAGCCGAGCAUGUAUAUGGUAUUUCCGUACAUGGAACAUGACUUAUCAGGACUCCUGGAGAACCCGGCAGUUCAUUUCACAGAACCACAGAUUAAAUGCUACUUGAUGCAACUCCUCGAGGGGCUUAAGUUCAUGCAUGCAAACCGCAUUCUACAUCGUGAUAUGAAAGCGGCAAACCUUCUAAUUAGUAACGGAGGAAUUCUCCAAAUCGCUGACUUUGGUCUUGCUCGACCCUACGAUGAUGCCCCUCCACUACCCGGAAAAGGAGGAGGAGAGUCCAAAAGAGAAUAUACCGCGCUUGUUGUCACAAGAUGGUACCGCCCUCCAGAGUUGUUGUUACAGCUACGAAAAUACACUACGGCCAUCGACUUGUGGGGAGUUGGCUGUGUCUUUGGUGAAAUGUUCAAGGGCAAACCGAUCCUCGCUGGAAACAGCGAUCUUAACCAAGCAGAACUGAUAUUCAGUCUUGUGGGCACUCCUACUGAGGAGAAUAUGCCCGGAUGGAGUCAACUUCCGGGUUGUGAGGGCGUGAAAAACUUCGGCAUCAAGCGCGGGAACCUCCAUAAUUUCUUCAAGGACCUCAACCCAGCAGCUAUAUCUUUAUUAGGCGAACUCCUCAAACUAGACUGGAGAAAGCGCAUCAAUGCUAUGGAUGCAUUGAAACACCCUUACUUUACCACCCACCCACUCCCAGCACGACCCGGCGAAAUCCCUCAAUUCGCAGACUCCCACGAACUCGACCGAAAGAAGUUCCGCAGCCAGCGGGUACCAAUGCCCCCUGUGCCCCCACCCGCUUCCGAGAAAAGCAAUGCCGCGUCCCCGGUGCCGCCCGUGGCGGCAGACCCGUUGCACCCGGAACCCAUGGGGGCCAUGGGCACCAUGGAAACCCGCAACGUCGCGGGCCCUUCCCGCCUACACAAAGAGAUACCGGAUUACCUCCGCGUCCUCCCAUACCGACCAACCCGCCAUGGGAUGGGUCGCAAUCGAAUAGACCUGACGGGCGGGAUGAUCGCCGAAAUCAAUUCGGACAAGGAGGUCGUGCAGGGGCCAGAUCGGGGAAUCUGGACUCUUAUGUUCCGAAUUAUAGCAGCAAUGACCGCGGCAGUGACCGUGGUAGUGACCGCGGGCACGAUCGCUCACGAGACUCUGGCGAGCACGCCUCGCAUUCAAGUGCCGAUUGGCGCUCAACAAGUCGGCGUGAUUACCGCCGGGAACCUCCUUCAAGGAGAAGAAGCCGCAGUCCGGGCCUUAGAGACGGGAGUCGAGGUUAGGGUCAUGAUAUUUCAGCGAUUUCUCACUUAA